AUGACAUCAACCUUUGGCUUCCGAGUAUCCCAUGCAUCAGCUCCAUCGUUCCGAUCCGUUCUUGUUGUAUUGGUGUUGUUGAGUGCAGCCAUAGUAUUGCUUGCUCACACCACAAGGGCCAUGGAUAAAUCAAAAUUUGAAAAUUGCGAUCAGAAGGGAUUUUGUAAACGCUUGAGAGGAAUGUCUAAAAAAUCCAAAUAUUUGAUAACGGAACCUAAAGUAGUGAAUGGAGUGUAUUCAGCUGUACUUCAAAGCAAAGAGGAAGGAAGUAAUUUUGAUCCAUUGCUUCUUGUAAUUGAAGCGUAUGAGAAUGGAAUAUUUAGAAUGAAAAUUCAAGAAAAAGUGGAGCCUGGAACUGAACUUAAAAACAGAUACAAUGUGAACGAUGUUAUUCUUGAUUCGGCUUUAAAGAUUGCAUUAUCGGACAAGAGCACAACAAACAGCCUCACAAAUAGAAAUUCUCAAUUGAUGUUGGAAAACAGAGAUGAAGGAAUGAAAAUUACAUUUAAAGUAAAUGGAGAAGAUGUUAUCAUUUUCAAUGAGAAUAACAUGCUUACUAUUGAAAAUGUCUUGAGGGAAAAGAAUGAAACUUAUGACGGAGAAAGUGCAAUUGGAAUGGAUUUUACCCAUGUAGGAUCCAACCAUUUGUAUGGAUUACCUGAAAGAGCGAUGAGAUUAGCACUUAAUCCAACAAGAGAGGGCGACAACCCAUUGACAGAACCAUACAGACUUUACAAUUUGGAUAUUUUUGAAUAUGAACUGAAUAAUCCAAUUGGUCUUUAUGGAGCUAUUCCUUUGUUGUAUUCUCUUACAGAAAAAGCAGCAGCUGGUAUUUUUGUUUUGAACCCAUCCGAAACAUUUGUGGACAUUUACAAAGGAUCUCAAUAUGCUUCGCAUUGGAUUUCUGAAACUGGUGUUUUAGAUGUAUUUUUCCUUCCAGGACCAACACCAAAGGAUAUUUCCAAACAAUUUUCCUAUUUAACUGGUACUGCUCCUCUUCCUCAAAGAUUUUCUCUUGGUCACCAUCAAUGUAGAUGGAAUUACAAAGACGAGGAAGAUGUUAGAAAUGUCAAUCAGAAAUUUGAUGAAUAUGACAUUCCCUAUGAUGUAUUGUGGCUUGAUAUUGAGCAUACCGAUGGAAAGAAAUACUUUACAUGGGAUUCUCACACAUUCCCAACUCCAAAACAAAUGCAAGAUGAUUUAGCAAGUAAGGGAAGAAAGAUGGUUACAAUUUCCGAUCCUCACAUUAAGCGUGAACAUGGAUACUUUGUACAUGACGAAGCAACAAGGAAUGGUUAUUAUGUCAAAAAUUCAGAAGGUACUGGAGAUUAUGAAGGUCACUGUUGGCCUGGAUCUUCUUCAUGGCUUGAUUUUGUGAAUCCAACCGUGAGAGAUUAUUACGCUAGUUUAUUCAGCUUUGACAAAUAUGAAGGUUCUACCGAAAACCUUUAUACUUGGAUUGAUAUGAAUGAGCCCAGCGUGUUCUCUGGACCUGAGAUUACAAUGGAUAAGAAUGCUUUGCAUUACCAAAAUUUAAGACAUCGUGAAAUUCAUAACAUGUAUGGAUUUUAUCAUGGAAUAGCUACAAACGAUGGUCAUAUGAAGAGAAGAGCAGGAUCCGAUCGUCCUUUCAUUUUGACAAGAUCACUUUUCGCAGGCUCACAAAGAUAUGUUGCAAAAUGGACAGGCGACAAUAUGGCAGAAUGGUCUCAUUUAGAUAUUGCUCAACCAAUGAUCCUCGCUCUCAGUAUCAGUGGUAUGCCAUUUAUUGGUGCUGAUGUUGGUGGAUUCUUUGGAAAUCCAGAAGAAGAGCUUUUGGUUCGUUGGUAUCAAGCUGGUGCGUUUUAUCCAUUCUUUAGAGCUCAUGCCCAUAUUGAAACAAAGAGAAGAGAACCAUGGCUAUUUGGGGACUACAAUACACAAUUAAUUAGAAAGGCAAUUGCAAGAAGAUAUGCUCUUCUUCCUUUCUAUUACACUCUGGCCUUUGAAUCCAUGUUGACUGGUCUUCCUUAUAUUCGUCCUCUUUUCAUGGAAUAUCCAAAUGACGUUACAACCCAUUCAAUUGACGAUUCUUUCUUGGUUGGUUCUGACCUGUUGGUUAAACCAGUUGUAACAAAGGCAACCUCAGACGUGGCUGUUUAUCUUCCAAAGGGAUUAUGGUAUGACUACGAGACUGGAGAAAAGUUCGACGCUGGAAGAGGAAAAUCAAUAAGUGUUGCAACAUCAUUGGAAAAAAGUAUUCCAGUGUUCCAAAGAGGUGGUAGCAUUAUUCCAACCCAACAACGACUUAGAAGAUCUUCUCAACAAAUGGUCAACGAUCCAUUUACUCUCAAAAUUGCUUUGAACAGAAAGGGAGAAGCUCUUGGAACAUUAUACUUGGAUGAUGGUAGCUCCUUCAAGUACAAGACUGGAGACUAUUUGUAUCGCCAAUUUAGCUUCUCUAACAAUGAAUUGAAGUCAAUGGAAGGAGAUCUUUCCACCCUCAUUUACAAUCAAAAGGCAAAUCCAAUAUCCAGUGCAGGAUCAAGAAAGGUAUCAAAUAUUAUUGAAAGAAUUAUUAUCUAUGGAGCCUCUAAGCCAAAUAGUAUUAGUAUUAUUUAUCCAUCUACUUUGGAACAACCAACCGAUUUAAUGACCUCACCUCAAUUCACCUACGUAGACGGGGUUUUAACGAUCAAAAAACCUCAAAUUCCUCUCAAUGCAGAUUUCAUUCUCAAGUUGAACUAG